CUUAGAUUCUGCCUGUACUGGAGAGGGAUGUCGCAAGGUUGGGGAAGAAACCUCUGGGUUUGCGACUGUAGCUGUCGAUUUCCGGCCAAUACAGAGGUGUCUGAAGGCUGGUUGGGGUGGUGAGGCCCGAGGCAGCUUCUGGAAUUUCUGAGCAGCCCUUGUCAGUACAAGAUGGACCCCGUAGUCUUGAGUUACAUGGACAGUCUGCUGCGGCAAUCAGAUGUGUCACUAUUGGAUCCGCCAAGCUGGCUCAAUGACCAUAUUAUUGGGUUUGCCUUUGAGUACUUUGCCAACAGUCAGUUUCAUGAUUGCUCUGAUGAUGUCAGUUUCAUCAGCCCUGAAGUCACCCAGUUCAUCAAGUGCACUAGCAACCCAGCAGAGAUCGCCAUGUUCCUUGAACCACUGGACCUCCCCCACAAGAGAGUUGUAUUUUUAGCCAUCAAUGAUAACUCCAACCAGGCAGCCGGAGGAACCCACUGGAGUUUAUUGGUCUACCUCCAAGAUAAAAAUAGCUUUUUUCAUUAUGAUUCCCAUAGCAGGAGCAACUCAGUCCACGCAAAGCAGGUAGCAGAGAAACUGGAAGCUUUCUUAGGCAGAAAAGGAGACAAACUGGCCUUUGUGGAAGAGAAAGCCCCUGCCCAACAAAACAGCUAUGACUGUGGGAUGUACGUGAUAUGUAACACUGAGGCCUUGUGUCAGAACUUCUUUAGGCAACAGACAGAAUCACUGCUACAGCUACUCACCCCUACGUACAUCACAAAGAAGAGGGGAGAAUGGAAAGAUCUCAUUGCCACACUUGCUAAAAAGUAACUAUUGAAGUAUAUUUGCGACUUUUGAAGGCUCCUCUUUCUGCCCUUCCCCAUUUGUUGGAUGGCUGCAAUCUCAGUGCCUGAGGGAAGAUGCCUGGUAGAGGAAAGCUUAAUACUCUUUUUCCUGAAAGAAUAUCAUCCUCUGUGUUAUCCCCAUGGAACGUUUCACUUUAACCCUGACUUGAGAGCAAUAUGGUCUAUGAAAAUAUCUUGAAAUUGUACACCAAAACCUUAUAACCAACUUAUUUGAACAUUUAUUACACACAAGGUUCAAGUAAGACUUUUCUUAUUGGUAUAUAAUUAAUUUCCUUUGGUCUCCCUUAUCCACAUUGGCUUUUUCUGGAGGAAAAGCAGUGAUCUGUAAAACAAAUCAAGAAUAUAUUAAAUCUAGAGGAAUGCAGGGAAGAAAACUAUAAAACAGAACCAAAAACUUGUUGCACAGCCUACAUAAUUAAGAGAGCAACUGGCUGGAAGCAGGUCAAGGCCUAACUUCAUUCAAGACCUAAAUAUUAUGAGACAGUUAUUCGGUUUUAUGUGAUACCUCUUCCAUUCACCAUGCACAGGCUUUUCCAGCUAUCUGCAUAACGUUUGCAAAUAUUUGAUAAAGAUGAUGUUACCCUAUCUUCCUCCAUCUGAUUCCUGGAAUGCUUGAAGAAAGGGGAAAUCUCGAGUAACCUCAUUAAAAUUAAUGCCUGGUGGACCUCUCA